AUGGCUGCUGAUUUUUCUUCUACAUGGCUGGCAUCCGAUUCAAUAUGCGUCUUCGGCAUAUCCAAACGUCCCGAAUCACUUCCUACGACUGCUCUGCAGAUCAACGCAUUCUUCGAUGGCCGGAAUUACAUGAUGCUCUCGGCACCACAAAACCGGCUGUACUGGUUUCUAUUCAAAGACAUGAGGUUGGCCUCGGGCAGUGAUAUUCCCAGGUUCACAAAGGAUGACGAGGCCAUCCUCACAAAGGGACAUUUUAGUGAUCAAGUCACCGAAUCCACAACAUUUGGUGACGUCUACAGGAACCGUCUGCAGACCGCACUCGUCCCCCUCGAGGAGCAUGUCUUCCAGCGGUGGCAUCUCCGGAGAACGAUCUGCAUUGGAGAUGCUGCGCACAAGGUAUUUCUGCCAGCCCCCCUGCCCCAAUACCAGCCUCGGCUCAUAGUGUUGAAAACCAACGUUGCGCACAGGUCCACCCCAACACCGCCCACGGCGCGACAGAGACCGCAAACCGUCCUCGUGAACGCCCUCGUGCGGAGACUGGACCGGAGCCCCACGCUGCACGAGGACGACAUCGGGGCCGUCUUCGCCGAGGUGCAGGCGCGCCGCUUCGCCCGCGCCGCGAGCAGCCUCGAGCAGGGCCGCCGGACGUCGUCGGUCUCCAUGAGGGACACGCUCCCCUCCAGGCUCUUCGUGCACUGCCUGCUCGCCUGGUUUCGGCGACCGCCCGGCACGGCGUCACUCUGCCACACGCUGGUGCCGUAG